GCGGAGGAGAAGAGGGAAGGAGGGAGCGCGAGGGAGGGAAGCGAGAGCCGAGGGACAACUUUUCCACCCCGCAUUCCUGGUAGCAGAGAGCUGAAGUAAUGAGAAGGCAUCAUGGAGGCCCAGUCCCACAGCUCCACAACCACUGAGAAGAAGAAAGUGGAGAAUUCCAUAGUGAAAUGCUCCUCGCGAGAUGUCAGUGAGAAAGCCGUGGCCUCCAGCACCACUUCCAAUGAGGAUGAAAGUCCUGGACAGACCUAUCACAGAGAGAGAAGAAACGCAGUCACCAUGCAGCCACAGAGUGUCCAGGGGCUUGGCAAGAUCAGCGAGGAGCCUUCGACAUCCAGUGAGGAGAGGGCCUCGCUGAUCAAGAAGGAGAUCCAUGGGUCCCUGCCGCACCUGGCCGAGCCCUCUGUGCCAUACCGCGGGGCUGUGUUUGCCAUGGACCCCCGGAACGGUUACAUGGAGCCUCACUACCACCCUUCUCAUCUCUUUCCUGCAUUCCACCCUCCUGUACCAAUCGAUGCGAGACAUCAUGAGGGGCGUUACCAUUAUGACCCGUCUCCAAUUCCUCCACUGCAUGUCCCUGCCUUGAGCUUCACCUACCCUUCUGCACCCGUGUCUCUCCAUAUGCAUCAACAAAUCUUAAGCCGACAACAGAGCCUAGGCUCGGCCUUUGGACACAGCCCUCCACUCAUCCACCCUGCUCCAACGUUUCCAACACAGAGGCCUAUUCCUGGGAUCCCCACGGUUCUGAACCCCGUCCAGGUCAGCUCGGGCCCUUCUGAGUCCUCACAGAACAAGCCGACAAGUGAGUCCGCGGUGAGCAGCACGGGAGACCUGAUGCAUAACAAGAGGUCCAAGAUCAAGCCCGACGAAGACCUGCCCAGCCCAGGGCCGCGGGGCCCGCAGGAACAGCCCGAAGGAACGACCCUGGUGAAGGAGGAAGGGGACAAAGACGAAAGCAAACAGGAGCCUGAAGUCAUCUAUGAGACCAACUGCCACUGGGAAGGCUGCACACGGGAGUUUGACACCCAGGAACAGCUGGUGCACCAUAUAAAUAACGACCAUAUUCACGGCGAGAAGAAGGAAUUCGUGUGCCGGUGGUUGGAUUGCUCGAGAGAGCAGAAGCCCUUCAAAGCCCAGUACAUGCUGGUGGUGCACAUGAGGAGGCACACGGGGGAAAAGCCUCACAAAUGCACUUUUGAAGGUUGCACAAAGGCCUACUCGAGACUAGAAAACUUGAAAACGCACUUGAGAUCUCACACUGGAGAGAAACCGUACGUCUGUGAGCACGAAGGUUGCAACAAGGCUUUCUCAAAUGCCUCCGAUCGCGCCAAGCACCAAAACAGGACGCAUUCCAAUGAG